AUGGCACUCCCGAUCUGGGCCUGCCUGCUACUCAGCCUCUCCGUCCUCCCAAGCUCCUGCUUAUCGGAGCCGGGCUGGGAUGCCCUUAUGGAGGAGCAGAAACAGGAGAAAGUGUCCCUGCUUCUCCUCCUCAGGACAGCCAACCAGGAGUCAGACAGGAUUCAGACAGCUCCCCUCCCGGAGCCACCAGCAAAUCCUGGAGCUUUGAACUUUCCCACCGACACCCAGGAGUAUCCCAGGAGAGCAGAUUCCUUUGGUGCUGAGGCUUCAAUGGGUGUCCCCCAACAGCAGCUGGACAGCUGCCUGGAGCCCUUGGGGGAGGCUGGCCAGAUAGAAGAGGCUAACUGCAAGGAGACGCCCUCGGCAGAGCAGACCCACAAACUGGCCGAGGCCAUGAUGGAGUUCACUUUAGACUUGUUCACCAAAGUCCUGCAGAAAUCCACCAGCCCCAACGUGGUCCUGUCACCCCUCAGUGUUGCUCUAGCAUUGUAUCAUCUCGAGCUAGGAGCCAGGACUAAGACGGUCCAACAACUGCAAAGGGUCCUGCAUGUGGAAUCCGUGUCCUGCCUGCACCACACACUCAGUAGCGUCCGCCGGGAAUUGGGUAGCACAGCUCUUCAAAUGGCCGCCAAGAUGUACCUGAAAAAAGGUUUAGCAGUCAAACAGGAAUUCCUGGAGCAGUCGGAGAGAUUUUUUGAUGCAAAGCCUGCCUUCCUAAAGGGGACCGAGAAGGAGGACCUUCAGAUCAUCAACCAAUGGGUGAAGGAGGCCACAGAGGGAAAGAUUGAGAACUUCCUGUCGGAGCUCCCCGCAAACACAGUGAUGCUCCUGCUUAAUGCUGUGUAUUUUCAGGGUUUCUGGAAGACCAAGUUUGAUCCCAGCCUGACCAAGACGGAUGUUUUUCAUCUGGAUGAGAAGUACGUGGUCCCUGUGGUAAUGAUGAAGGCCAAGAAAUACCCUCUGCGCUGGUUCUUGCUGGAACAAGCAGAUGUGCUGGUGGCUCAGUUCCCCUUCAAGAACAACAUGAGCUUUGUGGCCGUGGUCCCCACCCAGUCUGAUUGGAACGCCUCCCAGGUGCUGGGCAACCUGAGCGGAGCUGCCUUGCAUCAGCCCUUCAUGAAGGAGAGGCCCACAGAGGUAAUGAUACCCAAGCUGCACCUGGACCACCAGAUGGACCUGGUCUCCACCCUUGGCCAGCUGGGCCUCCAGGAGCUGUUCCAUAACCCAGACCUGCGCGGAAUCUCCGAGCAGAGCCUGGUGGUGUCCAGCGUCCAGCACCGGGCCACCCUCGAGCUGGACGAGGCCGGGGUGGAAGCCUCCGCUGUCACCAGCGCCGUCAUGUCCCGCAUGUCCCACUUCUCCAUCAACUUGAACCGGCCCUUUCUCUUCUUCAUCUUUGACGACAACACCCGCCUUCCGCUCUUCGUGGGCAGCGUCAAAAACCCCAACCCCGGUGGGCAGAAGGAGAUCAAGGAACAGCGGGACGCCCCGGACAAUAAGGAUUUCCUCCCGGGACAGAAAUACUUCUACAUGAAAGACAAGUUCUUUGAGCCCAACUUGAAAUUCUCUUCCCCCAAGGAGGAGUAUGACUAUCCUGAAGUCCAGAACCCCAAGUGAAGGCAGGUGGGGCUAUGGCAGCAUCCCAUGUCCUCUGGCCCGAGUCUCCUCACCGAGGUUGGGUCUGGGCAGGGACUCUGACCUCUCGUGACUGUUUCUGCCAGUCUGCCAACGUGGGAAUGGGGCACUGGUGCCAGGGGAGGGGUUUGGGAUCAAAAAUAGAGAUUAAAUGGGACUGGGGAGGAGCGGAUGAGAAGAUCCCAUUCCCCUCCCUUCUCCUUGGGGUAAUGGGGCCCGGGGUGGGGAGGGUGAGAAGGGGGAGGGCGUCACAAGGGGAUGCUGUCGGGGUGGGAGGGAGAGGCCACUUUAUCCUCUUGGAUUAGCCAUUGCAAAAGGGCCAGGAGGAGAUCUCUUCUGGGGCUUGGGGCCGACACACUAAUCGUCAGUGACAAAGGUCAUUCACAAAAGAGAGUUUCGCACUUCACUGUUUGUUUACACUUAUUCUGGUGGAGGAGGGAGGAGUACAGAAGUGGAAGGAGAGGGAAGGGGCAAAAGCUGCCCCUUCUGGCAGAAUAGGACUGGGCCAAACCCUCCAGGGUUGAUGGGACCGAGUCACCUUAAUCUGAGGAAGGGGCAGGAGGGCGAAAAGAUGGCAACUGACUCAUUAGAACCACAGAUCCUGGCCUGGUGGCUGGGAGGGACCUUAGAGAUCACUCUUAUUUUACACAAGAGGAAAAAUCCCCCAAGGGACAGACUUACCCAGGUCACAACAGCUGUUAGCCCUCUGGCUUCAUGUUCCCCACUGGGGUACCAUAGCAAGAGCAUCUGACUGGGUUUUAAUCCUGGUUGUUCCAUGUGACUUUGGCAAGGUUAAAUGAAGAGGGGUAGACUAGAUAAUCUGCACGGUCCCUUCUUGUUCUGAUGUCCCCAGAGCUGAUGGCAACAUCACGGUGAAAUCCCAAACAGAGGAGAUCUUCAUCAACCUAGUGGUAUGUUCUCCCAACCCCACAGCAGUCCAGGCCUGACUCCCUUCACCCCACCUCACCCCCACAUCCCCAAGGUCCCCAAGGCACCAGAAUGGCUCUCUUUCUUUCCUCUGAGUACAGCUUAGUGGGCAGGGAGGGUGGCUGGAGGUUUGUUUUGUAAAGUUUUUCUAGUGAUUUUUAUGUCAUCUGAAUAAUAAAGAAUGAAUUGGC